UCAGAUAAACCUGUACUGUGAGAUUAUGGCCAAUUCCACCCUGGUGACUGAGUUCCUCCUGGCGGUUUUUGCUGAGACUUGGGAGCUCAGGCUGCUGCUCAGUGUGCUGUUCCUGCUGGUGUACCUGGGCAGCCUGUUAGGGAACCUUAUCAUCGUCAUCGCUACUACAGUUGACCAGACCCUGAACACCCCCAUGUACUUCUUCCUCAGGAAUCUGUCCAUCUUAGACAUGUGCUACGUUUCUGUCACUGUCCCCAAUGCCUGUGUCAACUCUCUCACUGACCACAGGAAAAUUUCUGUGGCUGGGUGUGCAGCACAGAUCUUUUUUGUCUUCUUUUGUGCAUGUAUAGAGAUUCUGUUUCUCACCAUCAUGGCCCAGGACCGCUAUGUGGCCAUCUGUAAGCCUCUCCUCUACCCUGUAAUUAUGAACCACCAAUUCUGUGUUCAGAUGACACUGGCUUCCCUCCUUAGCUCUCUUGUCAUUGCAGGAGUGCACACUAUGAAAACGUUCCAGCUCUCCUUCUGUCACUCGAAUGUGGUCCCUCAGUUCUUUUGUGAUGUCCCCUCUUUGCUGAAGCUUUCUUGCUCAGACACCUUUAACAACAAACUCUUACUUCUUCUUUCUGCCAUUGUGAUCGGUGGUAGCUGCUUUACCUUCAUUGCCACAUCAUAUGCUCAGAUAUUAUCAACUGUGUUGAAGGUUCCUGUCAAAGGAGAGAGAGGGAAGGCCUUUUCCACCUGUGUCCCUCACAUUAUUGUGGUUUCUGUGUUUCUUAGUACUGGUUUCUAUGUGUAUCUAAGACCUCCAGUAGCCUUAAAAGUAAUCCAGGAGAUUACUCUUUCUGUAUUUUAUACCAUUGUUCCUCCAUUCUUAAAUCCUAUCAUCUAUAGUCUUAGAAACAAACAGAUGAAGGAGGCUGUCAGAAAGGUAACAUUAAGAUUUUUUUCAUAGUUGAAUAAAAUUAAAA